CCGGGACAACGGGCCACCCGGGCGCUGGCUGGCGUGAUCCACUCCCGGCCGCGGUUGUCGAUUUCCAGGGCGGUUUGUUGAGUGAGAGCGAGAUUUCCAUUGAUGACCGACUCGACCGCCCUCGUAAGCCCCUACCUACCGCGAUUCAGUGUCCGUACCUGCUUACACAGCACUCUCGAGCUUCCACUUCUUGCAGGAUACACCCGUCCCUACUUGCCCGGGAGGCCCUUACUGUUGCUACCGUUGAAAGCCGAUCAUCCCGUGUUCUUCCACCAGUUGCUGGCAUCCCUUUGAACGGCCAUUAGUAGUCCCGUCCGUCCUGCUCUUUGAUUUGCUCCCAUUGUUUACUUGCUGCGGGUUCACGCCGUCAAACAUACCUGACUUGUUUGAAUUCGAGAUUCACGUCAUCUACCACGACGUCGGAUUCCACCAGACUACGACAUAACCGUGUGCUACUCGGAUUGGCGCCGAUCGGAUAUCGACUACAUAUCGGGAACCAUAGCGGUGGAUCAUCCCAAGACUGUCAGUGAAACCAGACCAAGAUUCCGAAACCGAUUCACUACACUACGCGGUAGAUCGGACGGACCGAACGGACGGACGGCCUGGGACGGGCACCAAUCGAGGUUUCCAGGUCCAUAUACACCGAUAUGCCUUUGCGAGGGCCCCUUCGUCGGCCUGCGCUUGCGCUUCCUCCUUUCACAUGCAACAAUGUCACCACAAAAAUACCCCUCAGGAUAUCACCAUUACCGCGCUCGGUAGCGGUACGGCAGCGUAGAGGACAUGCGACACAUCUCCCGGUACCAGACACGCGGCCAAAGACGGCCAUCUUCUUUCCAGGCCAAGGCGUCCAAAGAGUCGGCAUGCUCACGCCCUGGCUAGAAGCCUUUCCCUCGACAACUUCCGAAAUCAUCGACGAAAUUGACUCGAUAGUGGGCCACAAGCUCUCGGACGUGAUACAAAAUGGGCCCGGCAAGGACCUCAACCUGUCGCCCAACGCACAACCAGCCAUCAUGGCUACCUCGAUAUUGAUCAUCCGCAUUCUCGAAAAGCAUUUCAACUUUAGAGUCCAAGACAAUGCCCACUUUACUCUCGGUCACUCUCUUGGCGAAUUCGCUGCGCUUGUCGCAGGCGGCUAUAUCCAUUUUGAAGAUAGUUUGCGAAUGGUGCAAAAGCGAGCGGAAGCCAUGUCCAAUGCCACGCGGCAGGCCGAGGAGAUGUAUGGCGGAGAGUACGGCAUGGUGGCACUCGUCAGUAGCAAGGCCGAGCACCUGCCACCCUUGAUUGCCGCAAUCCACGAGUUCGUCGGCUACGACAGCGCCGGCUCGAAAGUGGAGAGCGCCGACGAAUGGUGCCCAAUCGACCAAGUGCUCAUUGCGAACGUCAACAGCAAGACGCAAAUCGUGCUCAGCGGAAGCAUUGAGCGCAUCAAGACACUGGUGGAACACGUGCGGCAGUUCCUGGGACACGACCCACGCGCGGUCAGGCUCAAGAGCGACAGUCCGUUUCACAGUCCCAUCAUGAAGCCGGCCGUCGGGGUGCUGCAGCAGAUGAUGGCGGGAAACAGCAUGGUCAAGGGGAGGGAAAAGGAGGACAUUAUCACGUUUCCCGGCAAGGUUACGUGCAUUAGCAACGUGACGGCCAGGCCGUUUGAAAGUAGGGAGCAGCUCAAGGACCUUUUGGCUCGGCAGGCGGUCGAGACGGUACAGUGGUGGGACAGCAUCAAGUAUCUGGAUCAGUCCAUGAAGGUCAGGAGAUGGGUCGGUAUCGGGCCGGGGUACGUGGGCCGGAACCUGGUGGGCAAGGAGGUGGGCAUGCGCGGGAAGGACGUCAUCAAGGGCGCCGGUGUCUGGGCAAUCACGGAUCCGAAGGAGAUUGAGGAGGUGCUCAGAGGGUUGGAGGAGACAGACUUUUAUGAGGACGACGAGUGGCAGGAUGCAUGGGAUAGGUGGGACUGAGAAGGUAAUCAGUGUUGGGUAUCUACGGAAAAAGGGCUGUUAUUUUGGAAGGAAUCUGGGAAAUUCAUCGUCACCCUUUAUCAACAAGCAUCGGCGUAGCGUCGGAUUGGAUUGGAUUGGAUUGGAUUGGAUUGGAUACAGGGGAAGUUAAAGAGGAGUGUUUGGCCAGCGGGAGAGGGGCACUGCGCCCGGCGUUGUGGAUAUGUUCACCCUUUCUUCGGGCAGACACUGGAAGCUGUAUAUUCCUGUAUGCUAUCUGUCGUCAUAGGCAACGAAUACUAAGGGAAAAUAAGAGGUUCUCACAUCUACCGGC